UAAAAAGCAUACAAGGAAAAAGUAAUUAAAGAAAAGAAAGAAGAAAUUAAUCCCCCUUUCCUUUCUUGCACUUCGAUGCUAUUGCUAUCUGGUUCAUUAUUAUUGUUGAUGAUGAUAAUGGUAACCUCUUAGAUCAUAAUUACGAUGACAGAGUAAUUCAAAUCAAACCAAGAACAACCAUUCAAGAGGCGAUCAUCAUCGUACACCAUCAUGUCGUUCUCGUUCUUUAAGGUUUCCAGGCCUAAAACGCCGCAGGAAGUCGUUAAGUCCAUCAAGGAGAGUCUCAUGGCACUCGAUACCAAAACCGUUGUUGAAGUUAAAGCCCUUGAGAAGGCUUUAGAGGAAGUUGAAAAGAAUUUUGUAACUAUGAGAACUAUGCUUUCUGGAGAUGGAGAAUCAGAACCGAAUUUGGAUCAGGUUUCACAGCUUGUGGAGGAAAUCUGCAAAGAGGAAGUUCUUACUCUCGUAAUUCACAAGCUGCCUAUACUUGGAUGGGAAGCUAGAAAGGAUUUAGUCCACUGCUGGUCCAUAUUAUUGAAACAAAAGGUUGACUCCAAUGAUUGCUGUGUAGAAUACAUUGAACAACACUUUGAAUUACUAGACAUUCUUGUUGUAUACUAUGAUAACAAAGAAAUUGCGUUGAGCUCUGGCAUAAUGCUGCGGGAGUGCAUCAAAUUUCCCAAUCUUGCAAAAUACAUAUUGGAAUCUGCAAGCUUUGCGUUGUUCUUUAAAUUCGUAGAGUUGCCUAACUUUGAUGUAUCAUCGGAUGCAUUUUCUACAUUUAAGGACCUUCUCAUUAAACAUGGAAAUGUGGUCGCAGAAUUUUUGACGGCUAACUAUGACGAGUUCUUUGAUCAAUACGAGAGCCUCUUGACGUCUCCAAAUUACGUCACACGGAGGCAAUCUAUAAAGCUUCUCUCGGAUUUUCUUUUGGAAUCUCCCAAUGCUCAGAUAAUGAAGCGCUACAUCUUAGAAGUUCGCUAUUUGAAAGUCAUGAUGACAUUGUUGACGGAUUCAAGUAAAAACAUUCAGUUAUCAGCUUUUCACAUUUUCAAGAUUUUUGUCGCCAAUCCUAAUAAGCCCCGAGACGUGAAAAUUAUUCUGGGGAAGAAUCAGGGGAAGCUGCUAGGAUUGCUUCAUAACCUAUCGCCGGGAAAAGGUUCCGAAGAUGAGCAAUUUGAGGAGGAAAAGGAGUUUAUCAUCAAGGAAAUUGAAAGAAUAUCAGUAUAAGUAAUUUGAUGCAAGGAUUUUCAUAUUGGUGUUUGUGAGCAACUUAUGAGUUUUUAUGUGGACAAUACACCAUUUUUGUUUGUAUUGUAAAUUGUAAUACAAACUAAAUUUAAGGCAUAAACCAAUAACAUUGCUUUGAUACUAA